CAAAUCAAGAUAGUGGAGCUUUCCAGACAACAAGCAGUGAAAUGGCAAAUAACAAUGAUGCAUGGUGGCUUUUGUUUGAACUUUUGCUGAUACUGAAUUUACCAUAUUCACAAGCUUUUGGGGGAAAUGGAAAUAAGAUCAACACUGCUGUUUUUCUAUCACCUGAGUUCGUGCUCGGACCGGGAUCGGUGGAGAAUAGGUUCUAUUACAAUGUCGACUUUCCAAAAGGUCAUAUCGCCUUGAAAAGUUUCAAUGCAGAAGUGAUCGAUGAGGCCGGGAAUCCUGUUCCGCUGCACGAGACAUAUCUGCAUCAUUGGGUUGUUGCCAGAUACUUUGUUCGUAAAGGCGUCGAAAUAUCGGAGUUUGAUGAUCAUGCUAAACUUAACAAGUCGGAUUAUAUUUCCGGAAGAAACAGUGGGAUUUGUCAGGAUGAAUCGGUUGGCCAGUUCUUUGGCCUCGGGUCCGAGACACGGAAAACCGCAACUUAUAUUCCCAAUCCAUACGGAAUAGAAGUCGGUAAUCCUGCUGAGAUCCCUGCAGGGUUUGAGGAGCAAUGGAUGCUUAACAUUCACGCAAUCGAUACAAGGGGUGCGGAAGACAAGUUGGGAUGUACCGAAUGUCGUUGUGAUCUAUACAACAUUACGGUCGAUGAAUAUGGCAGAACUCUGAGACCAGACUACAAAGGGGGUUUGUUAUGUUGUUACGAUCGCACGCAAUGCAAGGUGAAACAAGGAUUCAAGGGUGUUCGAAGAACACUUUACCUUCGAUACACUGUGAAGUGGGUUGAUAUGGAUAGCUCCGUCUUGCCUGUUAAAAUUUAUAUAUUUGACAUUACUGAUACUUGGAAAAGGACCCGAAGUUCAACCGGGAUUAAUGCGGAACACCAGUGCAAGGUGGAAUAUGAUAUUGAACCUUGCCAUUCAACCGGAUUGGCUGACGAUGGAUGCAACGACAAUAAAAGGAUAAGCCUUGACAUGCCAUUUGGCGGUUAUCUCAUAUAUGGCGUGGCACACCAACAUUCAGGGGGCACCGGUUCUGCUCUCUAUAGAGAGGAUGGCCAAGUUUUGUGUUCUUCAUUACCGACUUAUGGGGAGGGAGAAGAACCAGGAAAUGAAGCCGGUUACAUUGUAGGAAUGACCACCUGCUAUCCUCAACCGGGAGGGAUCAAGAUAUCUCGAGGGGAGACUUUGAUUUUGGAGUCGAAUUACAGUAGCAUCAAACAUCAUACCGGAGUCAUGGGGCUGUUCUACAUUUUGGUUGCAGACCAAGUGCCCAAGCCAAUGCACACCCUGCACACUGUUAUUCAAGCACAGGAUAGUAUUACGCUGAUAACAAUCCUUUGGGUGGUGGUAGUUAUCAUCGGUGCGGUAGCUGUUAUCGCUGUCGUCGUUCGUCAUCGAUUUAAGCACGGGGGAGAAGAUGGCUAUGAGGCAAUUGGGAUAUGAAUGUUCUUUAAUGAGUGCUAUGGCCCGUAUUGCAUCUAGGAAUUACAGUACUAAGGCAGUAGC